AUGGCCGCAGCUAACUCGCUAGACCACCCAAGUACCCAGGUAGUAGACCACUCCCCCUCUUAUCAUCGCAUUCAUACUCAUUUCCUGUCUCUGAAGAAUCCUAAGGGGAGGCAAGCAGUCGAGGGGGGCCUAACCGUGUCACAGCCUGCAGAGGGGACGCAAUACCAAAGUAGUAACGAGAAAACGGAGACAUCUAACGACCCAAAUACUCUCAAAACAUCUCCAAGCGCCACCGCCAAUGGCUCCGUCGCUGCUCCAGGGGAUGUUCCGAGAUCUGACGGUACCGUCGGCACAGGACAGGCCCCCAAUACUCUAGUCCCAUCUGCACAGGCUACUCAUGCAGAGACGUCUCAUACAGCAACUACCAGCACGUCUCUUGGGAAAGACAGCACAGAUGCCGUCGACAAAUAUAAAGAGAACGACAAGGAUAAAGGUUCUCUGGACACUACGCUGGGUACGCGCGCCCAAUCCUUUCAUCGCAAGGACGUCAAAUCCGUCUCCGAAGGGGCGCAUACGGCAUCCAGCACCGCGGAGCAACCAUCUACUGCGCGUUCCAAAACUAAACGCGCCCGCCGGUCGUUUUUUGUGAAAUUCAUGCACGUUCUCGUCCCUUGUGUUGGCUCGUCUCAGAGCGACCAUUUUGACGAGUCUAAGAUCGUGUCACCUCUGCCGACGUCGGAAGGCAGUUUGCCCAUGCACAGGGAGAAGCCUGCCGCGAAGGAAGGCAAAGACUUGCCGCCGACGCCGCCACCUGUCCAAGAGCCACUGUCUAGCGCCCCGACGGAGGUGCCCGCACAAUCCACCCCGGAAGAGGCUGUCUCAGUGCCACAACAAGCCGCCUUGUCGCUGCAACCGCUUAUUGUCCCUACCCAGGUUGAAGAGCCAAGUGAGCAGGACAUUGUCAUACCACCCACUCCGACGCGUUCGUUGCUUCCUCAAGAUGAGACAGAAGGUAUGACAUCGGGCGCAGUGCAACCACCAGGUUCUACGGGCGAUGAAAUCAUGCAUGAGCACUCUCGCGCUCGAGAAUCGGGCGAUGAAAGUGACGGAUCCACGAGUUUCACCGAGGACGAGGAGCUGGAUGAUGGCGGCCCGAUUGACGAUAUCGAGGAUGAAGAGGAGCGACUUAUAAUGAAUGGUGGUGCGGGAAUACCAACAGGCCCUGACGGCACUCCGCGACCACUUUUACCCCUCAUUUCACCUAAGCAUGUAGGCAGAAAAUGCCUUGUGCUUGAUCUCGACGAGACCUUGGUGCACAGCAGUUUCAAGUCGAUACAACAAGCGGACUAUGUCGUCCCUGUUGAGAUCGAAUACCAUUGGCAUAAUGUAUACGUCAUCAAACGCCCUGGCGUCGACAAUUUCCUAAAACGAAUGGGCGAAAUAUAUGAAGUCGUGGUCUUCACGGCGAGUCUGAGCAAGUACGCGGAUCCUGUUCUGGACAAACUUGAUAUCCACCACGUUGUGUCGCAUCGAUUAUUCCGGGAGAGCUGUUACAAUCACCGAGGAAACUAUGUCAAGGACCUUUCACAACUGGGUAGACCCAUUUCUGAUACCAUUAUCAUCGACAAUUCACCAGCCUCCUACAUCUUCCAUCCAAACAAUGCUGUCCCGGUGUCGUCAUGGUUCAACGAUCCUCAUGACACCGAACUGACCGAUUUGUGUCCGUUCCUCGCAGAUCUUGCUCAGGUGGAUGACGUGAGGGGUGUCCUUGACGGGGGCUUGUAG